UCAGUCAAACGCUACAGUCAUUUCAAAAGGGCACUCUUGACUCGUACCAUUACCAUGUAUCGCCUGGGUACCUCCUUGUCGCGUUGCUCGACGCGUGCUGUUAAUGUCACUGCAGCUGCAACCCGGUACAAUGCUCGGGGCCUAUCGACUGAGUCACUGCAGGCAUUUGGCGAGAAACAUGUAACCCGAGGUGUCGGACGAAUAACGGAGGGUGUUGUUGCACAAGGACGGGGAUCCUACGUUGACUUUCAGGAUGGGCGACAUAUGCUGGAUUUCACGAGCGGUAUCGGUGUAACAAAUCUCGGUCACUGCCAUCCAAAAGUCAGCAAGGCCGCCGCAGAUCAGUGCAUGAAUAUUGUUCAUGCGCAGUGCGGCAUUGCUUUCCACGAGCCUUACCUUCAGCUUAUCGAAAGACUCCUUCCACUCAUGCCCCACCCUUCGCUCGACUCGUUCUUCUUUUGGAACUCUGGCUCCGAGGCCAUUGAAUGCGCCAUAAAGAUGGCCAGAAUUGCAACUGGCCGUCCCAACAUCAUUUCCAUGCAAGGUGGAUAUCAUGGAAGAACAUUCGGUGCGAUGGCCGUAACACGAAGCAAGACCAUCUAUUCGGAAGGUGUUGCGCCCCUUAUGCCAGGAACUUUUUCGAUCCCCUUCCCUUUCUGGCACCAGUUCGGAGCCUCCCCAACGAUCUCCGAGUCUGAACUGACUGCAAAAUCGCUUUAUCAGCUUGAAAUCCUUCUUGCGCAGCAAUCAGCACCUCGUGAUACGGCUGCCCUGAUCAUCGAGCCGGUUCUUGGCGAGGGUGGAUACGUCCCUGCUCCCAACGAGUUUUUGCAGGGUCUACGCGAGAUAUGCGACAAGCAUGGCAUCAUGUUGAUUAUUGAUGAAGUCCAGAGCGGAUUCUGUCGAACAGGGACAUGGUUCGCCGUAGAGCCUAGCGGUGUUCGGCCAGAUAUCCUGAUUUCUGCAAAGGGUCUGGCUAAUGGCUUCCCGCUCAGUGUCAUCAUUAGCCGAAAAGAGAUCACAGACCUUCUCAAGCCCGGAUCGAUGGGAGGAACCUAUGCUGGAAAUGCUGUAUCCUGCGCUGCUGCUGUGGCCGUCGCGGACGCGAUGAAGGAGGAAAAGAUUCUAGACAAUGUAAAAGAACGAUCGAAGCAAAUCUUUGCCGAACUGAACGCUCUGAACGCUGAUCUCGAAGUCGCACCGUAUAUUCUGGAUGUCCGUGGACGAGGCUUGAUGGUUGCCGUCGAGUUUGCCUCGUCUGCCUCUGCGGGCAGCCAAUAUGAUGUUGUGGCUUCCAAGACUGAGCAAGUGGGGCUGGCUGGGCGUGUGGCGAAGAAGUGUAUUGAGAAGGGGAUGCUGAUCCUGACGACGAGUAUGUAUGAAGUGGUCAGGUUCAUUCCACCACUCAAUAUCAGUGAGGAGGAAAUGGCGAAGGGGUGCCAGAUAUUCGCGGAGGCUGUAAGAGAGGUGAUAAAGGCGUAACUUGAAUCUGAAGGCAUCUAAAAUCAGAAAGGAAAAGAGGAUU